GUAAAUGGCGUUAAGCUGAAAUCCUUCGACGUUGGCACUGGUCUCCGCCAAGACUGUGUCCUGUCCCUUCUCCUGUUUGUGUUGUACAUGGACAGAAUAAUCUGCAGCAGCCAAAGCGAUGAGGGUAUCGGUGUACGAGAUAUGGAGACGAGAAGGUUGCUGCUUGCAGACGACCUUGCUUUAUUCGCAUCUUGUGAAACCGAUCCACAGUGCUACCUGGAAUGGUACACAGCCGAGUGCAACGUCACCGGUAUGCGUGUGAACGUGUCUAGAACGAAAAACCUAGUGCUUUCUUGUUCACCUGCCCGCUGCAUUUUUCAGAUUAACGGAGAGGCAGUGGAGCAGUUGGAGAAGAUCAAGUACCUCAGAGUCGUGUUCACGAGUAAUGGAAAAUUUUUUGAAGAGGUCGACCGGCGAGCUGGAGUAGCUGCUGGCUUUCUGCGUGAAUUAGUCCGAACCACUGUGACUGAAGCACUACCGACUGCACUUAAACUAAGCAGAGCUGAGUUUGAAGACCAUGCUGUCGGUGUUCAAGUGGAUCUUGAUUCCCAUGCUCUGCUUGCAUAUUUACUUCCUGCUAUAAGAACACUGAGAGGUCAAAGCUUCGAUGGUUUGGGCACGUGUUGCGAAUGCCUCCAGAAAGGAAAGCAAAGAAACUAUUUCUUGUUCAGACGACCGGCAGAAGGGCCCAGCGGUCAGCCAAGGAAAGACGUGUUUGUUUUCGUAAUGACACGACAUCAGAAGAACGCAACUGCCUCCACUGUGUACACUUAUUACGAGCGCAAGAAGGACCAGAAAGCUUCGGGUUAUGGCACUCUGGAGGAGCGCCUUCCAAAGGAGUCCGUGAAAAGUUUCAACUGCUGCUGUCUGACACUUCAGCCCUGUGUAGAACCGGUCGUCACACCGGACGGUUUUCUUUACGAGAAAGAGGCGAUUUUGGAGUACAUUUUACGAUGCAAGAAAGAAAACGCCAAGAGGAUGAAAGCGUACGAGAAUCAACAGCUCCGCAAGCAGGUGAAACGGGAAAAUAGACAUCUUUGA